AUGAGGAAUGAAUUCUAUUCAUUGGCUUUCUUCAGAGCUGCUACAGCAGAAUUCUUGGCCACCAUGAUCUUUGUGCUACUUGGAGUGGGCUCCGCCUUGAACUGGCCCUCUGCCCUCCCAGGCACCCUGCAGAUUUCACUGGCCUUUGGUUUGGUCAUAGCCACCCUUGUCCAAUCGCUGGGCCACAUCAGCGGGGCACACAUCAACCCGGCAGUGACGGUGGCGCUCCUUGUUGCACAGAAGAUUUCAGUGCUAAGAGCUGUGGCCUACAUCAUAGCUCAGAUUGUAGGGGCAAUAGCUGGCGCGGGGGUGAUUCACCAGUUGACCCCACCAGAGAUCCGUGGAGGACUGGCUGUUAAUGCGCUGCAGAACAACACAUCAGCUGGGGUGGCGGUGGCAGUGGAGCUAAUUCUGACCUUCCUCCUGGUCCUCUGCGUCUUUGCCUCGACUGACAGCCGCCGAACUGAUAAAGUGGGCUCUCCAGCACUAUCUAUCGGUCUGUCAGUCACAGCUGGCCAUUUAUUAGGGAUCUAUUUCACUGGCUGCUCCAUGAAUCCGGCACGGUCUUUUGGUCCAGCUGUCAUCAUGAGAAACUUUCAGCAUCACUGGGUGUUCUGGGUGGGACCUUUGGCAGGAGGCAUCUUGGCUUCUCUGAUCUACAAUGUCAUCCUUUUUCCUGAUACCAGAAGCCUUGCUGAGAGGAUUUGUGUCCUAAAAGGGACCUACAAUCGUAAAGCUGAGCAUGAGGAGAGGAAGGACCGGAGAUGCUCAAUAGAACUGGUGCACAAGUUCUAAUGGCCAUGAAGUGGACAAAGAGGGGCUUGUUGCAUGGCAACACCCUCCAAAAGAAAAACCAUACUCCCAUCAUCCCAGUUCC